AUGAAAACAAAAAAGACGGCGCGCCAAAGCGCCAGGCAGAUCGCAGGCCGCCUCAAACAAAUCGAACGGGAGUGUCGCCAAUUAAGCAAACACAUUAGGAGAGUAGGAGAAGAGAGGAAGUCAUUCGAAUUAACCACCGCGUUGCUGAAGAAGUACCACUCGUACGUGGAUAGUAAUUUGAUGAACGACCUCUCCAUUUUCCCCUCAAGCAGUGCCUUUGUAAAGAGCUGUGGGAUUGUUUUUUCAUCGAAAACGGUUUGGGAGGACCCAGACGAAGAAGAUGGCGAUGACAAUGGCGAUACCGUUGGCCAAACUGAUGGGAAGGAAGAACCGCACAGCAGAAGCCCCCCCGACUCGUGCAUUAACUCUAUGGGAAAGGGAAAGGUCCUCUCCUCCUUCAUUAACAAAACUGAGAGCAAGUGCAACCCCUUUUACCACUUCGUAAGCAAUGUGAGGAGGCUUUUCUCCCUCGGCGAAAAGGAGGAAGAACCAAACGAAAGGGGAACAACUGACGAAGGGAAAAGCGAACGCAUGACCCCCUUCAAAUUUCGAUGCCUAGUUAAGGCCAAAAGAAUUGUCCUUUACACCUGUGUGUGUCCGCAGUGCGAAAAGAAUUUUUACCUUUUGAUGAGGAGGAGCGGCAGGGGGAAGGUCGCGCCCAGGGUUUUGCCCCCCGCCCAAUUUGCCGCUGUGAUUUCCCACUUGAGGGAGCAGAGGGGGGGCAUCCCUCACAUGGACAUCCCUCACAUGGACGUCGCUCACCUGGCCCCCCACGAAGCUGGCGAGCACUUUUGCAGCUGCUACGUGGGGAUGGACGAGGGGGGCGGCGGCCUCUUCGGCGACGCCGAUGUGCUGGCCUACCUGUGA